AUGGAUGGCAGAUACUUUGAGGAGUGGUUCACCGACAAGCUUUUGCCAAACAUUCCGCCUAUUAGCGUUAUUGUCAUGGACAAUGCGCCAUACCACAGCGUAGCUCUUGAGAAAGCACCUACCAAGUCGACGCGCAAAUCUGAUAUUCAGCUUUGGCUCACAAAGAAAGGUGUUCCGUGGUCAGAUGACAUGGUGAGAGCUGAACUGCUGGAACUUUCCCAAAAGGUCAACACACCCAGUAUUGUGUACCGCAUCGACACUCUGGCGGCUACCCACGGCCAUGAAGUGCUUCGUGUACCACCAUACCACUGCGAGUUCAACCCCAUCGAGCUUGUUUGGAGCCAGGUAAAGGGGUACAUCGCAGCACGGAAUACGGGUUUCACUUUGGCUGAAGUAGAGAAGCUUCUGCCAGAAGCACUGGCAUCUGUAAAACAGAAGAAGUGGCAAAACUGCUGCGCUCUUGUAGAGCAAGUUGAAGCUGAAGCAUGA